AUGGCGUCUAUUCUUUCCGUGUUACCUGAGCGGAUACAUUUCAAGUUUGGAAGUGAGCAAAGGGAUGUGCUCAUAACAAAUAACAGCCAAAGGACUAUAAGAUGCUACGUAUACUUUACAAGUGAUGCGUGUAUUGCUCCCAAUGUAAAAGAAGAAAUUAUUAUCAACAUCGGCUGUACACAUCGUCUCGUGGUGAAACUGAAUAAGUAAGUUAUUUAUUUUAGUAUUAUUUACGAUUUUUAGGUCUUAUAUGGAUUAAUAACAAUCAUGAUCUAAAUUAUAAAAGAUUUAAAGGGUUUUUUUUGUAAAUUGACAGAUUUUAUUAAUAUGAUCGGCGUGUUUUACUAAAAAACGUCUUUUAGAUAUCCGGUUAAUUCUAAAUUAUACAUUCGGUAUACAACAACGGACAAAAAGGUAUUUGGAAUGGAGGAAGUUGUAAUGUAAGAUACAGUUUUUUAAACGUAUAUUAGGUAUUUAGAUAUUCAAAAUAUGACGAACUCCACGUUUGCCAGACAAAGGAAUAUGUGGUGGAUACAUCGCGAUUCAUCAACAAAGAUCCAUACACCGAUUUUUUAAUAGUAUGUGAAGGUGGAGAGCUAAAUGUAAGAUUGCUUUUAUUUAUGUAAAAACCUCUGUAUUUGAACAGUUUGGUAUUUUUAGGUAACAACAGAACAUUUAUCUUUUUUUGACUAAACUUUUUUGUUUAUUAAACAAUCUUGCAUUUUUUCUAAUUUUUUCGUUUUUAGGUUUCGAAACUAAAACUGGCCUCUUCGUCUUUUUUCUUCGAAAUACUUUUUAGAACGAAUUAUUUCUGGAGGGAGAAUACUACAGGGGAAAUCGUAUUGCCUUAUGAUUACCAGAAUAUGAAGGCUUUGAUAGAAUUUACAUAUGGGAACCGGAGGCCGUUUCACGGGCGAGAAGCCAUGUCGAUCAUACAUAUUGCGAAGUACUUCGACAUGAAUCCACUAGUAGUAAGUUGAGUAUUCUUUCGCAUAACUGUUUAAUAUUUAAUUUGGCUUUAUUUAUUAUUUAAGGACUUCUGUAUACCAUACAUCGUCGCAUUUAUCAACACAGAAACAAUCGAUGAAAUAGCAACGGUUUCUCACAAAUACAACAUUUACGAGCUGCAUCAUGAAUGCGUUAGGUUUCAGCAGUCUCUGCGACUAUGA